AUGGAGGGUGGUGAUGGGGAUAACGGAGACACACACAAGAAAAUCCACACACUCAAGAGGACAGAUUUGUCGUACCUAAUCACAGCUGCCUCCAAAGACUGUAGUAAAGACUGCAGUGAUUGGGAUCAAGAAAGUGCCAGAUCUCUAGAAACAGAGUACCCGAAACCCUCAUCAAACUAUCAGAAAACCCAGCGGAGACUUGCCCGGCAGAAGCAGCUGGAUGACAUGUGCACCGGAGAGGCUGCUCUGGCACGAGCGGAGAGACUCAAGAGGAGGCAAGGCUUGUUACCACCCUCUAAGAAAUCACGUGAAUGUAGAGUCAUGUGGAAAGAGGAGAGUAGUUUAGUCGAGGUUUUUCGGUACUCUCCGUGUCCCUCAUCUCGAGGAAGCACACUCGAACCAGAGGAGCUGGAUUUGAAUCAGUAG